AUGGGUCGUAAGAAGAGGAAGCAGCUGAAGCCGUGGUGUUGGUAUUGUAAUCGAGAUUUUGAAGAUGAAAAAAUCCUCAUCCAUCACCAAAAGGCAAAGCACUUUAAGUGUCCGUACUGUCAUCGCAAAUUAUUUACUGGCCCCGAAAAACUGGACAAAAUCCCUAAUGCCCUGCCUAAUCGGUCAAGUACCGUUAUCGACAUAUAUGGAAUGUCCGGAAUCCCGGAAGCUGAUAUUCUAGAACAUGAACGACAAAAGCUUGGCCUAGAAGGCGAAGAUGAGCCGCCUGAAAAGAUGGAGAAGUUGGAUGAUGAAACACCCACUACCUCUUCAUUUGCUCCGCCUGUUCCACUACCAUUUUUACAACACCUCCCUGGCAUGAUAUCGUACAUGCCAAUGCCCUGCCCCCUCCCUGGAAGCAUGCCUCCAUUUAUGCCUCCAGUUGUUGGGCCCGCUCCCCCUCCACCUCCUCCUCCACCGCCACCUCCACCUCAAGUAGCGGAACCUCGGCCCCCCGAAGUAAGCCACCCUUUCACGCACAUUAAUGUGCUUAAUAUAGCCUGCUCCGAAGCCGACGUUUCCUGCAUAUUCUGA